CCCGCGGCUGCGGCGCGGCGCGGAGCCGAGCCGGGCCAUGGAGAGCGGCGGGACGCUGAACGGCUCCGGCUCCGCCGCCGGGCCCUUCCCCGCCGCCAGGACGGCGGCGCUGGGCGCGCUGAUGGCCCUGCUGAUCGCCGUCACCGUGGCCGGCAACGCGCUGGUGAUGCUGGCCUUCGUGGCGGACUCCAGCCUGCGCACCCAGAACAACUUCUUCCUCCUCAACCUGGCCAUCUCGGAUUUCCUAGUAGGUGCCUUCUGCAUUCCCCUGUACGUGCCCUAUGUGCUGACGGGGAGAUGGAUCUUCGGGAGAAGCCUCUGCAAACUCUGGCUGGUAGUUGAUUACCUGCUCUGCACCUCUUCGGUCUUCAACAUCGUACUGAUUAGCUAUGACAGAUUCCUCUCGGUGACAAGAGCGGUUGCCUACAGAGCCCAGCAAGGCAACACCAAGCAAGCAGUGCUGAAGAUGGUGAUGGUAUGGGUAUUUGCAUUCCUGCUUUACGGACCCGCCAUUAUCAGCUGGGAGUAUAUAUCAGGCCAGAGUACCAUACCCCCUGGGGAAUGCUACGCUGAAUUUUUCUACAACUGGUACUUUCUCAUGACAGCCUCCACACUGGAGUUUUUCACCCCUUUCAUCAGUGUAAUGUUUUUCAACCUGAGCAUUUACCUGAACAUACAGAAGCGUACCAAAAUACGCCUGGAUGUUUUCCACGAAGUGCACAACCAGUCCUUCACUGAAGAGAUGGAAAUGAGCCCAGAAGCAAAGCUUUCUUUGAAAUGCUGUAAGUGGGAGCAGAAGGAGCCAGCUGAAACCCUCGAUCUCUCUAAGAGCAAAGUUCAAGCAGCAGCUUCCACUGCCAGCCUGGGUGCCAAAGACCUGCUGUCAACAAGCUCGGAGAGCUCUGGGAAACCUAAGUGUUGUAACAAAAAGAGCUGUAAAAAUUCAGCAUCCACUCUGUCCUUAGAGAAACGGAUGAAGAUAGUGUCCCAGAGCAUGACUCAACGCUUCAGGCUCUCUAGAGACAAAAAAGUGGCCAAAUCGCUGGCAAUCAUCGUGGGCAUUUUUGGGAUUUGCUGGGCGCCGUACACUCUCCUGAUGAUCAUCCGCGCUGGCUGCCACGGCCACUGCAUCUCCAGCUACUGGUAUGAGACUUCCUUUUGGCUGCUGUGGAUCAACUCGGCUGUCAACCCUGUCCUGUACCCUCUCUGCCACUACAGCUUCAGAAGAGCUUUUAUUAAACUCCUCUGUCCCAAGAAGCUAAAGAUUCAACCUCACGAUCCCCUUCAGAACUGCUGGAAGUGAAGCAUGCCGAUGAGAAGAGCCUUGUUUUAAUACAACUGUAUUAUGGAAAAGUACUGUACCUUCCUCUUUUGGAAGAACCCAGGAGCCCUGGUCUGGGGCAUGUGAGGAAGGCAGCAAUGAAACCACUAUUCGUUUAUUCUAGUCCAUCAACAACAAAACCACGCAGAAUAGAAGGGUAAGAGUUUCUUGACAUUAACCGCAGGCAGCGAAAUCUGUGUCCGCCACUUGCAGGUGCCACAGAAGAGCUCUGCUGCCACCUAGUCAGCCAGAGCGGCGCCAGCAUUUUGUUAAAAUAAAAACUGAAAAAGUAAAAGCUAACAAAAAAUAUCUAAUCUAAAACCACUGGACUAAACUACAGUUUUCCCCUCUUGCAGGCCUGAUUUUUCCCAUUAAUGGGAGGGUUUUUUCCUUAUGCUUAAGAUAUUACGCAUAUGUGAUGAUGCAGAAAGAAAAGAAUGAACCUCAGAAGGAAAACACCUCAUUUAUCAUUACUGCUACAGCCACAAUCUAGAUUCCCACUGCAUGUGGUGCAGUAAAUGUCCCUUCCCCUCCUCAAGAAGGGACAAAUCUCUGCCCUAAGGAGUCUACAGCCAGACUCAGAAGCGCCGAGCAUCCUGAAGCACGCUGUUGGCAUUCCCUGAUCCUUGCUUCAUAACUGACCCGAUUUCCUUUGCGUCCAGCCACACACUGACCAGCGCUCCCACAGCACGUGGGAGCACUUCCCGAGGGCCGGAGCUCAGGGCCUGGCCCUGCAGGGCACGGGAGCCCUGGCAGACCUGAUAGAGAGAGCUGCUGUGCAGACGUGAAAGGUGCCAGCAGAGUGUCACCUUCUCCACAGUCUCCCUCAUGAUGACCCAAAGACAUUUUUAAACCUCUUCUGCAGGAUCUUAAAAAUACUCUUUUGGCAAUAUGCUAGCAAAUGACAGACACUGGGAGAAGUGAAGCUUGUGUUCCAUUUUUUUCAGUUAGUUUCAGACCUCUUAAUUUUACCAAGUUCCAGAACUCUUGCAUGCUUCCUUUUAAAAUAAUUUGGAGACCCGGGUUGAGCUGAUGCGGGUAACAUAAACAUCAAUCCAUUUACUUAUUUCUUAAGCAGCCAACUAAUUCCACAGAUAGAGCACCAGAUUCAAGAGACCAGGGCUCUAUCCUCAAUCUUAACGCAAGAUCUUGGGCAUUUUAACUCUGCAUCCCAUCUUGUGCUUCAUCAUACUGCCCGUUUAGUCUGUAACCUCUUUGGGAACAGAGGUAGUAUGACCAUAAAGCAAAACACUUUGACUCCCCAUCUCUGCUGGAGCUGCUCAGUGAUAUAGUAAUGCAAAUACGUAAUUAGUUGCCAUGGCAAACGCUCAUAUUUAACAGUAUUGUACAGGGAAGCUCAAGAUCAUAAGUCUGAAAACUACAUCUACAAACAGAAACCCAAAUGCUGUAAGGUAGUACCCAAAAGCUUAUGACGUUGUGACUGCCAAUGACACUCAGCUGUUGUGAGCAAACUGCGUUUUGGCUGCUGGUAGGAACAAAAGAAAAUGCUAUCCAACUUUAUUCCAGUGAUGUUGUUGAGUAGAUCGGUAUUGUCAUCUGAAGUCAGGUUUUAAAUGAUGUUUUGUGUUCAUGAUAUUUCAGUUUUGUGACAUGUUUGGUCAGACCAUUAUAAUUUGGCUAAAAUAUAUCCUUUGAAGUGUGUGUGCUAAGAAUUGACAGUAUGUACUGCUGAGCCUGCUUGUACCUUUCCUUGUGCCUGCUGCCUUCUGAAAACCCCAAUAAAGUAUUUUUAUACCAAGUUUGCCAAAGAUUUUAUGGUAAACAGGGAGUUUCUGGAAGUGAGAAAAUCCAACUGAAAGUAAAACUUC